UUGGCAGCCAAGGAGAGCCUGGGGGGGCUGCGCCUGCUCCGCCGCGCCGACUUCCACGUGGGGGCGCGCGUGAACGCGUUCUGGAGGACCCGCUGCCGGGGGGGAGGGGAGGGCGGGGCCCGGCGGGGGAGCGCCUGGGACCAGCGCCACGUCACGUGGUUCGCCACCCUGGACGGGGCCCUGGGGCUGCUCCUCCCCAUGCAGGAGAAACCCUACCGGCGGCUGCUCAUGCUGCAGAACGCGCUCAGCACCGCCCUGCCCCACCUCGCGGGGCUCAACCCCCGCGCGUACAGGCUGCUCCAGGCCGGGCGCCGCGCGCUGCAGAACGCGGUGCGGAACGUCCUGGACGGGGAGCUCCUGGCCCGGUUCCUGCAGCUCAGCGCCAUGGAGAGGGGGGAGGUGGCCAAGAAAAUUGGGACCACACCCGAGAUGAUCCUGGACGACCUCUUGGAGAUCGACCGAGUGACGGCUCAUUUCUGAGGGCUCUGCCCCACAUCACCCCACACAUUGCCCCACAUCACCCCACACAUUGCCCCACAUCACCCCACGCAUUGCCCCACACAUUCCAGCCCCACACUGAGCCUCGUGAUGUUUCUGUGCCCCCAUUUUAUAAAGAAACAGGAAAAGC